AUGGUUGAAAGUUUUCAAGAGAUUGCUUUCUUGACCGAAAUGGGCCAGGAGCGCGAUGCACUGGCAUCCAGUCGACAGGGUCUGGAGCAGUGGACCAUGGAGCUGUAUGACAAGAUUACAGAACUCAAAGGGGGAUACUACAGCUUCUACCUCUCUGCGCUUCUUAGUCUCCUUUAUCUUGGAUUGGAUACACCGUCCAACGUCGAAUGCACCAAAGAGAUACUCAUCCCGUUGGGUGCACAAGAGAAGAAAUGCUCAUGGGUCGUGAUCCAGGCAUGGAAGAUGAGCAGAGGGUAG